GGGCUGAGAGGUGAGCACACAUUCCCGGCUGCAUCUCUAGCCUGAGUGAGACACUCAUGGGCAAACACACAUGCAAAAUGCUGUCCCCGAAGAAUGUUCCCUGCCUUUUGCUUUGCACGGUGCUCUGGCUCUCCUUUUUUGCCCAAGCAGCAAUAAGAACAUACUAUAUAGGAAUAGUGGCAGAGAACUGGGAUUAUGCACCAACUGGAAGGAAUCAGAUCACAGGACAAGACCUAGCAGAGGAUGAAGAAGCCAUGGUUUAUGUGACACAAGAAGCCAACAGGAUAGGCCGUGUUUAUAAGAAAGCAAUGUUCAAGCAAUUCACAGAUUCAACAUAUUCUCAAGAGAUCAUCAAACCAUCUUGGCUGGGUUUCCUUGGUCCAGUGCUGAGAGCUGAAGAAAGAGAUACUUUUAUUAUUCAUUUAAAGAACUUUGCUUCCCGGCCUUAUUCUAUCCAUCCACAUGGAGUCUUCUAUAAGAAAGAUUCUGAAGGAGCCCUCUACCAUGAUGGAACAGGUGGCAAAAGCAAAGAAGAUGAUUUUGUUCUCCCUGGGACCAAUUAUACAUAUACGUGGCCGGUCACAGAUGACUUUGCCCCUACGCUGACAGACCCACAGUGUCUGACCUGGAUUUAUCAUUCACAUAUAGACACACCAAAAGAUAUCAACACUGGGUUAAUCGGACCCUUGCUGGUUUGUAAGAAAGGUUCCUUAGACAAUACUUCUGAAUUGGUGGCCAAUUUUACUAAAGGCUUUGCCCUGAUGUUCAGCAUUAUAGAUGAAAAUCUCAGCUGGUACCUGGAUGAGAAUAUAAACGCCUUCUGCUUAGAUCCCAGCACAGUUGAUAAAGAUGAUGAGGAUUUUCAGCUUAGCAAUAAGAUGCAUGCAAUCAAUGGCUAUGUUUUUGGAAACCUGCCUGGCUUGGAGGUGUGUGCUGAUGAACUGGUCUCGUGGCACUUGUUUGGGAUGGGGAGUGAGGCUGAUAUUCACUCUGUGCAGUUCUUUGACCACACUUUCAUUGAGAGAGGACACAGGACAGAUGUAGUCAGCCUGUUUCCAGCUACCUUUGUUACAGUGGAAAUGAAGGUUGAGAAUGUAGGGAAGUGGCUUUUGACCUGUCAAGUCAAUGAACACGUAAAAGCCGGUAUGAUGGGACUAUACAGCGUUAAGGCCUGCAGUCCAAAUAUUAGUCAGCCUUCUCACAGGGGUCAAGAAAGAAGAUAUUUUAUUGCAGUUGAAAAAGUUCUGUGGGACUAUGGACCAAGUGGCAUUGAUAAAUACACUGGACAGGCUUUAAAUGCUACAGGAAGUGACUCAGCACUUUUCUUCACACGGGGAGAAGAUCGAGUCGGGGGCCAAUAUUGGAAAGCUCAUUAUGUGCCCUACACCGAUGGAAAGUUUACCAGAAAGAAAGAACAACCUGAAACGGCUGUCCAUCUUGGCAUACUUGGCCCAGUUAUCAAAGCUGAAAUUGGAGACACCAUUUUGGUUACUUUUGCCAAUAAAGCUGACAAGAACUACAGCAUGAUGCCCCAUGGUGUUGCUUUCAGCAAAUCCUCAGAAGGAGCCUCUUAUGCUGAUG